ACGUCCUAAGACAUGCUGCUGAGCAGAUCUACAGUUGGGAAAUAUGCUUAGUUUUUCAAAACCACAAGGCCUUGAUGGCUUAGUGUGUUUGUUGCAAGAGUAAGAGCCUUGAAAGAGUCUUAAAUACAAAAGUUAUGCAAGUGAAUUAGGUAAAACACCAAAUCUAAUGACUGGCAAGUUAGUGUGAAGGGACAACCUGUAGUGUAUGACAUGAAAAACAGUUAUGUCACGGUGGAUGUUGCAGCUAAAUUACUUUGUGCUUGUAUUAGCAUGCUUGGUGAAUUCAUCCACUGUUAAUUAAUACAUGCACUCUCUGCAAAAAUAUUAAGUUACAACAUUUUUGAAUCAGAAGUAAGAUUUAGUAUUGUUCAUUUUUCAAAACUCUUGCUUAUUGUUUAAUUUUGUAAUAUGUGAAGUUUAAAACAAAUAUGAAGAGCAAAAAAUAUUUUAGCUCUUAAACUGGUAAAAUUCUGACUUUAUGACAGUGCUUUUAAAACCGUAGAAGAUGUGCAUGUUUAAAAUAUAUUGUUUUAAAUCUAAUGUAAAUAAGUAAAAUAAUGAUUCCUCUUGAGUCCUUUGGGCUCUAAAAAUAGACUGUUAUGGGGUUUGGUCAAUCCCCUACAACAGAAAAAAAUCCAACGGGACAUUCUUUAGGAUUGUGUUUGCCCAACUUUCUUUUUUUUUUUUUCUUCGCGCAAACAAAGGUGGUUACAGAUUGGGGAUUACUAAUAGUGGGCUUUUUUUUAAGGGAUAAACCACAGGGAUAAAGCUUCCCUUUGACCGGCCUCUGCGCUAAUACAGAAGCUGGAAAGUGAAAGGGAAGGAAACAAAUAACUUCUGGGGAACCUUCAUUUUUUUAUUUAAAAGGAUGUUUUUCCAGCGAGGUGAAGACCAAAAAAACAACCCUGAAAGCUACAUGGAUUUUAUAUUUAAUUUUUUAGGGGAAAAGGCCUGGUUGUAUAUCACUGCUACUGUUGUAGUGAUGUGGUUUCUUGUGUGGCGAUUCAGGGAUAGCUUAGAAAUCGAAAACUUCCAUGAAAAGUACGUUUUUGUCACCGGCUGUGACUCGGGAUUUGGAAAUCUUCUGUGCAAGAAACUGGACCGUAAGGGUUUCCGUGUGCUGGCCGGCUGUCUCACAGAGAAGGGAGCGGAUGAUCUGAAAAGAGCCACGGGGCCUUAUCUGAAGACAGUCCUGCUUGAUGUGACAAGUCAGGACAGCAUCCAGAAAACAAUGGAGUGGACCAAAAAGGAGGUUGGCGAAAAAGGACUCUGGGGUCUUGUAAAUAAUGCUGGGCGUUCAUUACCCAUGGGGCCCUCAGAGUGGAUGACAGUGGAGGAUUACUACAGCACGCUGAAAGUCAACAUGCAUGGAGUGAUUGCCAUGUCAACCAUCUUUCUGCCCCUCGUCAAAAAGGCCAGAGGUCGUAUCGUAAACGUAGCAUCAGUGCUGGGAAGGGUGGCUGCAAAUGGCGGAGGCUACUGCAUCUCCAAGUUUGCAGUGGAAGCUUUUUCGGACUGUCUCCGGCGCGAUAUCCACCACUUUGGAAUCAACGUGUGCAUCAUUGAGCCUGGGUUCUUCAAGACGGCUGUGACCAGCCUGGAUCCCAUCGAGAGGGAGCUGCAUCGGUUGUGGAACCAGCUCAGCCCUGAAGUCAAAGCCAGUUAUGGAGAUCAGUACUUAGAAAAAUACAUCAAAGUUCAGCGUUUGAUCAUGAAUGCUGUCUGCGAUUCUGACCUGGCCAAGGUGACCAACUGCAUGGAGCACGCUCUGACGGCGGCCUACCCACGCACCCGGUACAGCGCCGGCUGGGAUGCCAAGCUUCUCUGGCUCCCCCUCUCCUACAUGCCUGCCUGUGUGGUUGACAUUGGUCUGAAACUGGUGUUACCUCGUCCUUCCAAGAGCGCAUAAACUUGUAGCUGCAGCCAUUGUUUGUCUAUUUGUUUUAUUUUGCAAAACACAAUUAAAUAUAUAAAUACAUAGAUGAGAAAAAAUUAUAUCCAUAGCUGGUGUCUGAUGUGUCUUAUUUUCAUUGACAGUAUUUUACAUUAUUAUAUCGUUGCUGAUCACAAUAGUUGACAACAGUCUCGUCUGAUGGAAGCAAAGAUACAAACUUGUGUCGUGUUUUUCAUUUUAUGAACCAGGUGAAUUCUGACAUAAAAAAAUGAUGUAAUUAAAUAAAAGAUAAUGUUAAUUGGUGACUCUAAAUUGACCCUAGGUGUGAAUGUGAGAGUGUAUGGGUGUGUGAUUGAGACUCUGCGAUAGACUGGCGACCUCUAUAUACCUGGAAAUCAUGCAGACACUGCGGCCCUCAAGGCCUUGAGUUGCCUGUCCCUGCUCUAAAGUGUCCUUAGGUGUGCAUGAGUGAGUGUGUGAUUGUGUGGCCUUGCAACAGGCUGGGGACCUGUCCAGGGUGUAUCCCGCCUUCACCCAACAGUUGGUGGGAUAGUCUCCGGCGACCCCUUGACCCCAAAAGGGAUAAAGCAGAUCAACAAAAUGGAUGGAUAGAGAACCUGCUUCCACAUAUUUUAUUUUACUUUAAUAAACUUUGUUUUAAAAAUGUACUAAUGUGAGGAAGACCCUGCUAACCUUCUGCGUUUUUAUUAAUGAGGUAGAAAGAGACCCAAAAACUCAAUGGACAUGUAUCCUUUUAAAGAAACGUUAGAUCAGAGUUGCAUAGAGUAGGCUACUCUGGAUCGUCACUGUGACAGACAAAAAUCUGUAAAAUGGAAUCCACAAAUAUAGUCUUCAAGGCGGGUUAUGUGUGGCUUCAGGCCAAUGUUUGUCAGGAUAGAAGGAACCCCCCCCCAAAAGGCCUUAACGCCUUAUACGGACAUCUUUGCUAAAUCUAAGGUUUGAUUAGUCAAUGUCCCUGGUCCUGUUCCUGUCAACAAGAUCAUUUACAGCUUUGUUUUUCAGUUGAAAAGUACUGAUGAGGUCAUUGAAGCUUCCACUGACUAGUUUCAACUAGUCUGGGGCUCCAUGUGGGUUAAUGUAAAAAUGCAUUCAUGAAUCUGUUAAUAAUAUGGUAUAAAAGUGCAACAUACUAUAAAAGUGUAAAAAAAAAGGAUAAAUCCUUUAAAUUCUACUAAAAACAAAAAAA